AUGUCCGAGGACUCUGAAGAACCACAGGAAUAUUUUGAAAGGCUUUGGCCGCUUAAGAGAUAUGACAAAAUAAUCGAGAGGCUACCUACUCCUACUUUUAGUUGUAGCACGACAGAGAAAUUACCUCCAUUGCCCCCUGUAGUGAAACCGGAGGCACCAUCUUCUCUCUAUGCUAUGGUAACAAGAAACGCCCGUCAUCCUCCGUUGAUGAACCCCUUUUCUUUGACACAAGCAUCACCAUUCAAGGAACAGGAGCAUUGGCGUUCACCUAGCCAGUCUAUUGGAAACAAUUUUUCACCAAAUGCUGCGAACUUAUCUAUGCAAAGUCUGGCUAAGUACAGCAACUUAUCUAAAACUUGUGUGAAGAAAGAAAAAGAAGACGAUGUCUCCCAUCGCAGAUCUGAUCACUCGACUAAAUUAAGACCAGUUGCUCCAAAUAAGGUUAUUUUAGAUAGUCCCAUCAAAAAUUAUGGUAUCAAUAAUGGUAAUUAUGCUGAUGAAGUCUUAAGAUUGAAAAGAUAA